AUGUCGGCCGACGACAGCUCCUACGCUCCCAAGUCUCCGGACCUCUCUUCUUUUUACUCAGGUGGCCCCACUCAACCCGCGCCGCAAAAGCUCCAACAUCCACAAACCGGCAGCCACCUCCCGUGCCCAGCAUACGAAUAUAAAGCAGAGUCUCCAGCCUACAACAGGUCUGCCUCUUUUUCUUCCUACGUUCCCCCUUCUCUCCCCCUCAGUAACAACAUCAACAUCGGUGUCAACAACGAUCAACCCAACGACGUCGACCACCAGCGGCAGCAUCCAUCCCAGCCCAGAUUCGUCGGGUCGGAAUAUCAACCCUACUCGGCGCAGCCGACCUUCCUUCAGGAUCAAUACGUUCACUCGUCCUCAUCCCAGCGAACGUCUCACCGCGGCAGCUACGAGGGAGACUCUUUAUCUGCGCAUCAACAUCAUCCGCCACAGCCCUCGUCGUACAGCUUCGCAUUCACAGAGCAAGCUCCCGGUGUAGCUGCCUACAGCCAAACCUAUCCACCUCCACUAGGAGCUGGUCUAUCUGGUCCCUCUUUGUCCACGGACACGCCCUUUUCUACAACCAUGCCUCCCCGCAGGGCCGCGCCACCUCCGGCGCCCGCUAUCGAACCGUCGCCUGUUAAGACAAAGUUUCCCACUGCGAGAAUCAAGCGCAUCAUGCAGGCGGACGAGGAAGUCGGCAAGGUUGCCCAGCAGACGCCAAUCGCCGUCGGCAAAGCUCUCGAGCUCUUUAUGAUACAGCUGGUCACAAAGAGUGCCGAUAUAGCCAAGGAGAAGGGCGGAAAGAGGGUCACGGCGCCAAUGCUCAAGCAGGUGGUUGAGACCGAUGAGCAGUGGGACUUUCUACGCGACAUUGUCAGUCGCGUCGAGAAUGAAAAGGAGGGCAGCAAGGCCAAGGCCAAGCAGGAGAGCUCGAGCGACGAAGAGAUGCCAGAACCCAAAAAGAGGCGCGGUGGCAGGAGAAAGAAGACAUGA